UCAGGUUUGCUCGAAUGUUAAAGAUUGUGAUUUUUUUUUUUUGAAAAGAAAAUGCUUUGGGAGUUGCUAGGUGCACCCAGCAUUAUUGCUGGUGCACCCAGCUACUUUUGAAAUUGCCAAAAUUGCCCCUACUGCCUGCUGUCGCGGCUGCCCCUUCUUUCUCUCUUUUCAUGAAUAGUGCUGCCAUGAACAGUGCCUCCAUUUACUACACCCAGCAUCCGACUUUUAAAAAUGGCACAAUGCUUCCAUUUGCGCAUUGUCUCUUUCUUUUCUCUCUUCGGUGUGCAAUGCUUCCUUCCUUGCGAUUGGUUUGGUUCGGUGAACGGUUAGGUUGCGUGAAGGUGAAGGUGCAUUCUGGUGUUCGGUGUUGCAAUGAUCGUCGGCGGCAUACGGCAUACGAGAUGGACGGAGAUCAGUGGAUGUAUGAAGGUAUAAUGCCUAAAGAAGUGGAUAUGGAUUAUGAAAAUGAAGAAGAAUGUGGUGUGAAUGAACCGCAUGUUUAUUGUUCGGAUGCGUUCAAUACUUCUCAGGUGUUUGACAGUCGAGAGGAUGUUUUGCGGUGGGCUCGAUCUGUUGCUUAUGAAAAUGGAUUUAUGACGGUGCUUGUAAGGUCUGACAGAAACACAGGUAGUAGAGGAAGGACUUCAUUUGUGUUAAUUGACUGUGAAAGAAGUGGCGAAUAUAAGUGUAUGAAGAAAGAAUUUGUUAGAAGAGACACUGGGACUAGGAAAUGUGGGUGUCCCUUCAAGCUUCGUCGCAAACCAGUGGUUGGAGGACAAGGCUAGAUGGCGAAGUUGAUUUGUGGGAUUCAUAAUCAUGAAUUGGCCAAGUCAUUAGUUGGACAUCCAUAUGUCGGCCGAUUGACUAAAGAUGAAAAGACACUUAUUGCUGAUAUGACGAAGUCUAUGUCCUUGUCGCAAAAUUAGCAUGGCUUAAUUAUCGUAUUUGAUGCUAAUUUUAUUUCUUUUCACUCUCUUUAAGUUAAUGUAAUGUUAUUUUAUGAUUGGAAUGAUUUUACGUUUGAA